AUGGCUAAACUGUGUCAGCAGCUCUGUCAGUGGAUUGCCCACAGCUGUGCAGGACUGUUUGCAGGGGAUGAAACUUUGGGUGAGUCCCAUGAGCACCUGCCGUACAGGUGGCAGGUAAAGGACAGUGGCAGAGGAACCUGGAAGGACCUUCCUGACAUGGAGGAGAUCGAGAAGGCCUACUGUGACCCGGGGCGAGACACCAGCGGCAAGGUGGUUUUACCUCUUCAAAGCUUUCUGUUCUUCAAAAAGCAGCCGGUUAAGUUCAUGACGAUGACGUGUGGAGGGUCUGCUGUUCGUCGACUGACCACAACACCCUCCGCCUCAAACCCUCAAAACGUCAGUCUUUCCACUCAGUGGCUUUGGUACUGGAAGGACAACAAUGGGAAUUGGAUGGAGUAUGGAAAGGGAAAUACUGCCCCACUGGCCACAGUCACCUCUCAAGCUCUGGAGGGUGUGUACCAGGCAAACAUAGACACAGAGAUUCAGUUCAAAGUGGGCGAUCAGAUGUAUACGCUCCACUUUAAAGGCGAGACAGGAGGCCUGCAGAUGUACCAGCAGAAUAUGAACUACAAAACCAAGAGAGAGGUCAGACGGAGGCCCCUCUUUGUGUCUGCUCAGGAUGUGGUGAUUCAGAGCCAAUCAGCGCACAUCUCCAGAUCCUCCACAGCCGAGAGCUUCCCAUCAUACUGGGACAAGACUGCACUACCAGAUAUAGGAUACAAGCUCAUACCUCUCUCCAAAUCAGAGGAAUAUGAAAAGAUCAAAAUGACGUUUAACCAGACCAUGUCAGCGAGUAAAAUUCACAAGAUCCAGAGGAUCCAGAACCCUUCUCUGUGGAAAGUCUUUCACUUGCAAAGAGAGCAGAUGAAAAAGAGGAACAGAGGAAAAGCGGUGAAAGAGAAGUACUUGUUCCACGGGACGAACGAGACUCUGAUCGAGGCGAUCUGUGAUCAGAACUUUGACUGGAGGAUGUGUGGAGCCAACGGGACGUCCUAUGGCAGAGGCAGCUACUUUGCCAGAGAGGCGUCCUACUCUGACUCGUAUGUCAGAGUCAAAGAAGGUCAACAGAGGACGAUGUUUGUUGCUCUGGUCUUAGUUGGAGAGUACAUUAAAGGAAGCAGCAGCUACGUCCGACCUCCACUUAAAGCCGACAACAAAACCCUCUAUGACAGCUGUGUGGACAAUGAGCGCAACCCCAGCAUCUAUGUUGUGUUUGAAAAACAACAGAUUUAUCCCGAGUAUCUUAUCAACUACUCAAAGACUCAGUAGUCCUGCACACUAUCCCUAGUACCACAAUGGACCCUCUUUGGCCUUCAAAACUGCCUUAGUUCUUCAUGGAAUGGAUUCACCAAGAUACUGGGAAUGUUCCUCUGGAAUUUCACUCAAUUGCUUUCACUUUUGUGACCAGUAUGGAGGCCUGGAGGGCCAAACAGCAGCUUCCAAUGAACCCUGUAUGGAGCUGAAACACCAACUAUUUAAUUCUCCUUAAGUUUAAAUAAGCGCAGGCUUACAUCACCUGAUAACCACAGAAACUCUGAGAUAUUAGUGCAAACUGUAAGUUUUGUUCAUGUUGGAACCAAAUACAGCAUGGGGACACCACUUAAGAAGCUUAAAUCUAGGGAUGUCAAAAGAUUACAGUUUUUAAUCAUGAUUGAUCUCAGAAUUUAUUUUAUGUUAGAUUUAUUAUUGGGCUUUUCGUGUCUAUUCCAUAGAGGAGGGCAGUGGAUAGAGUUGGAAACAAGAGAAGAGUGAGGAAAGACAUACUGCAAAGGGCCACUGGCCAGAUUUGAACCUGGGCCGCCAGCGUUCAUGGGUAGUGCCUUAGACCGCUGGGCCAUCAGUGCCCACAAUCUCAGACUUUCUGUAGUUAAUCAUGAUUGAUCACAUUCUUUUCAUUGCACUUUCAAAUUCCACUAUUCUGCAUUCAAAUUUGUUUCUGUGUCAUUAUGGAUUUAUCUACCGUCUUAAACUAACAGUAACUGACUUCCUGUCAUGCCCUGAUCCUGGACUCUUUACACAUAGAUGAACAGAGAGAGGAGGAGCUCCUUCCACCAUGAUUUCAGGGUCUUAGAUUUAAAAAAUGUAAAGGAGUACAAUCUAUGCACACAUUUUUUGGUGCAAUGAAUGCAAAUAUUGUCAGCAUUCCAAAAGUCUAUCUCAACGCAUCGUUACUUUUGUUGCCAAGGCCAAGCUCGACUGCAUCUAUUUUUUCUGGGCUUUUUCAAGUCGCGUCUCAUUUCUUAAAGGAAGGUUUUCACGCUUGCCCCUUAACCCUCUGUUUCAAGGGGCAAGGGUAAGACAAAGGGGAAGAGCUUAGGGCAAGGGUAGAAAUGGGAUUAGCCCUUAGUAUCUCAGGUCUUGUGCAUGAGUGAGGGUAGAAUGGACUGUGAGAUCAACUGGCGGGUUGGUGCAGCAUCGGCGGUAUUGUUGACGUUGUACAAGACUGUUUCGGUGGUUUGGUCUUCCAGGUGAGUCCAACUAGGAGGAGACCUCUUGGUGGACCCAGGACCUGCUGGAUGGAUAAUAUAUCUCAUCUGGCCUGGGAACACCUUGGAAUUUCUCAGGAAGAGCUGGAAAAUUAUGCCAGGGAGAGGGAUGUUUGGGUGGACCGCGACCCUACCCUGGAUGAGUGGAAGAAAAUGGAUGGAUGGAUAGAUGGAUGGAUGGAUCUAGAGCCUGACGAGGUUGUGUCAAUCCUCCUUCCUGUCUGAUUGGUGCCCUCAGGUGUGCUUACAUGCCAUUAAGGCCUUUUUUUAGCCUCAAUUAUUGGCCCAAACCUGCCCAAAAGUUCUGCACAGUACUGUAAAUAUUCUCUCUUGUAUGUAUAUUUUUAGGGCAGCUUCGUCACUUUAUUAAAAUGUUAUUUUAGUGUAUUUUAUAUUAUUUUUGUAAUUAUAU